AUGGAUAACAUUUUCUGUACACUAGUCGACUCUGUAUUAACUCAUGAAGGGAAAUCCUCAAGUCUUUAUCCAUCACCUCGAAUGUACCAUAAGGCUUUAGGUGAUUAUAAGAAUACACCUGCUGAUAAAUCAAAAUAUGUGGUUUUUGAAGAGGCUAAUUUCUAUAUUGAUGUGAAAUAUCAAAUCACAGCUAUUUUAGGUAAAGGAUCAUAUGGUACAGUUUGUCAAGCUAGAGAUGUUUCAGUACCAGAUGCACCUGUUGAGGUGGCUAUUAAAAAAGUUACAAAUAUAUUUAAUAAAGAGAUAUUGUUGAAAAGAGCUGUUCGAGAGUUAAAACUUAUGAAGUUUUUUAGAGGUCAUAAAAAUAUUAUAAAUUUGUUUGAUGUUGAACUUGUGUUUGAAAGGCCUUAUGAUGGAUUAUAUUGUUUCCAAGAACUUGCAGAUUAUGAUUUAGCAAGAGUUAUACAUUCAUCAGUCCAAUUUUCUGAAUAUCAUGUUCAAAGUUUCCUUUACCAAAUUUUAUGUGGAUUAAAAUAUAUACAUUCAGCAGAUGUUAUUCAUAGAGAUUUAAAACCUGGUAAUAUAUUGGUAACAUUACAAGGUAAUUUAAAAAUUUGUGAUUUUGGUUUAGCUAGAGGUAUAUCACAACAAUUUUUAAGACAUAGAUCAAGUACUAUAACAAAUUAUGUUGCAACAAGAUGGUAUAGGGCACCAGAAUUACUUUUAUGUAAGAAAGUAUACUCAAAAGCUGUUGAUAUGUGGGCUGUUGGGUGUAUUUUUGGUGAAUUAUAUGCUAGAAAACCAUUAUUUAUUGGUAAUGAUCAUAUUCAUCAAGUUCAUGAAAUUCUGCAAGUAUUAGGAUCUCCAUCAAGAGAAACAGUUGUAAAGCAAUUCGGUACAGGAUCUAUAUGUACUGAAAUGUUCCAUUCUACUGGUGGUUUAGAUGGUACGCCAAAUUACAAAGGAUUACCAUGGGCUGAAGUCUUACCUUAUGCUCCUGGUAAAGCACUUAAUUUGUUAUCUAAAUUAUUAUGUUGGGAAUCAAGUCUUAGGUUAAGUGUUGAUGAAGUGCUUGACCAUCCAUAUUUAGCAAAUGUCAGAGACUUGGAUGAAGAAGUCAAUAGCUCAAGUCAUUUUGAUUUCAGUUUUGAAUCUAAGAAUAUAACUCUAGAUGAUUAUAAAGGUUUGAUUCACGAUGAAGUGAAAGAAUUCAAAUUUGAAAGAAUGGGGAGAAGAGGACAAAUGGAUUUCAUCGAACAAUUAUACUCACAGCCAUCUAGAUCUAGCCAUAGAGUACGCAAUUAA